UUAAGUAGAACCAAAAUGGCCGCCGUUGUAUUUUGACGUAUAAUAGCUAGCUAGUUUUCUUUUUGUUUCAUUCUUGGUAGAGAACUAGCAAACGGCAGAGUUUUGGGGGAAGCUGUAUUUUGCACUCUCCGUAUACUGAUGUACUAGUUUCAAUCUUGAAGACAAUCAAGGCUGACAUACAUUUAUUGAACGAGUUAGACUAUGCAUAUUUAGUUCUAAAACAGGCUAGCUAGCUGGCUCUGGCUGGCACACAUUAAAGCAUUUGGAAGUGAAAUAGCUAGCCUACUUUGCUGCGAUGGAAGAGUUGAGCGCAGACGAGAUUCGCAGAAGGAGACUAGCACGGCUGGCAGGGGGCCAGACAUCACAGCCCAGCACCCCUCUCAGCACACCCCUAACAUCCCCACAGAGGGAGACUCCACCUGGACCCCUCCCUGGACCCUCAGGUGCGGCACCCCAGCCCCUGCCACCAGCUGCCUCUCAAUCACUGGGGCUCAAUGUCCACAGUGGUACUCCUGCCACGUCCCCCAUGGGCACCUCUGGGGUGGCAUAUGGUAGUCAGAGCAGCGAGGGCGUAAGCUCCCUCUCCAGCUCCCCCUCCAACAGCCUUGAAACUCAGUCUCAGAGUUUGUCUCGAUCACAGAGCAUGGACAUUGACACUGCCUCCUGUGAAAAGAGCAUGUCCCAGGUGGAUGUGGACUCAGGGAUUGAGAACAUGGAGGUGGAGGAUAGCGAUCGCAGGGAGAAGAGGAACUUGACUGAAAAGGACACCUCUACAAGCUCAGAUGUUACUGAAGAACAGGCUCUGCAGCUCAUUUGUAAGAUCCUCCGCGUAUCGUGGAAGGAGCAGGACAGAGACGUCAUCUUUCUCCCUUCACUGGCUGCAGAGUUCCAGCAAAAUCAUAAAGAUGUAUACUCUGACUUUAAAGACUUGAUCAGUCAGAUCCUGAUGGAAGUCUUAAUGAUGUCCACCCAGUCACGUGUCCACAACCCCUUCGCCAGCUUGACCGCCACUUCUCCGCCAAUUGCAGCAGCCAAAUCUCCUGAUCACCGUCUGACACUGGUGCAGCCCUCCAGCCAAGGUGGCAGCCCAAUGGGCCCCAGUGCAGGAUCGUUUGGAGCCAGCUCUCUAUCUAGUCUGUAUGGGUGUAGUAGUCCUCGCCCGAUGACUUUGGAUGCAACCAAGAGGUCUUCUUCAGAUCUCCCCACCCCCUCAUCCUCUGAACCUUCUACAUCUGCUAGCCAAUUCAUUGUUCCCCCUAGCCCACCUGCUACUUCUUCUCCAAGGCACUUCCUGAACGCUCCCUCAGCCCCAGUUCCCAUCUCCCAACGCUAUCGGCCUUACUCUGUUGCCUCCUCCUGGGGUGUCCCUUCCCCAACUAGCCCAGUUCACAGAGGAUUCCAUGGGCCCUCUUCAAGUCUCCCAGGGCCCUCUGUUCCCCCAAACACCCCAGUUUGUGUACCACCACCCAGCCCCCAGACCCACUCUCUGAGCUCACAUAGUUCUCAAAACCAUCCCUCUUCAACAACCCCUACUAUGGUACCCCCUUCGCCCAGAUCAAAUGCCCGACAGGCUGCUUUUGGUGCCAGGAUCCCACCAUCUAGUCCACGUUUUCACUUCACGUCUGUCUCUUCCUUCAUUCUUUUGUGCGUAACGUCCUCUUUUCUUCCAACCUUUCCCCUGCUCCUCCUGUCCUCUCCUCGUCAUGUUAGCCCCUUGUCGUUUCUGUUCUUUGCCCUCUCUGAUAUGUCUCAGGAGAGCAGCGAUGAAGAGUCUGAGGAGGAUGAGGAUUUUGCACGGGUUCAGUUUGGGUCCAGUCUUGGUGCAUGCGGAGGGGGAAUGUCCAGUGAUUCAGCCAGUGAUCGCUUCACGAUUGAAGCAUGCAAAGAGACAGAGAUGCUGAACUACCUCAUCGAGCGUUUUGACAGUGUUGGCAUGGAGGAGAGGAAAGCUCCCAAAAUGUGUAGCCAACCAAACGUCAGCCAGCUUCUUAGCAACAUUCGCUCUCAGUGUAUUUCACACGUUUCUCUAGUUCUGCAAGGCACCUUGACCCAGCCUCGAAGCCCCUUCCAGCAGUCGCUGCUGGUACCUUAUAUGCUGUGCAGGAACCUUCCAUAUGGCUUUAUUCAGGAGUUGGUGCGCAUUACCCACCAGGAGGAGGAAGUGUUCAGACAGAUCUUUGUUCCCAUCCUCCAUGGACUGGCUCUUGCGGUGAAAGAAUGUUCUUUUGACAGUGACAACUUUAAAUUCCCUCUCAUGGCAUUAGCUGAGCUUUGUGAAAUCAAGUUUGGAAAGACUCACCCAGUGUGCAACUUGAUAACAUUGCUGCCUUUGUGGGGUCCCAAACCUCUGAGCCCUGGUUGCGGCAGAGAAAUCCAGAGACUGUCCUACCUGGGAGCCUUCUUCAGCCUCUCUGUGUUUGUUGAAGAUAAUACCAAAGUAGGAGACAAGUAUUUCUCUGGCCCAGCCAUCACCAUCGAGAACACACGAGUUGUCAGCCAGUCCUUGCAGCACUACCUAGAGUCAGCAAGGGGUGACCUGUUUAAAGUUCUCCAUAAUAUCCUACUCAAUGGAGAGACACGAGAGUUAGCUCUUAAUUACAUGGCAUCUUUAGUCAACUACAAUGUUAAAAAAGCUCAGAUGCAGACUGAUGAUAAGCUGGUGUCGACAGACGGCUUCAUGCUCAACUUCUUAUGGGUGCUGCAACAGUUGAGCAUGAAGAUCAAGCUGGAGACGGUAGACCCUUAUUACAUUUUCCACCCACGCUGUCGACUGCUUGUCAGCUCAGAGGAGACGCGUCUUAAAGCCACUAUGGACGAGCUCAAAAGCUGGCUCUCAGAACUGCAUGAAGACCCUAACAAGUUUUCAGAGCCCAAGUUUCCCACUGAAUGUUUCUUCUUGACACUGCAUACGCACCAUUUAUCGAUCCUGCCUGGCUGCAGACGCUACAUCCGCAGAUUGCGAGCUAUCCGUGAACUGAAUAGAACUGUUGAGGAGCUGAAAAACAGUGAAAGUCAAUGGAAAGAUUCUCCCUUGGCAAGUCGUCAUAGAGAGAUGCUCAAGAGAUGCAAAACCCAGCUAAAGAAACUUGUGCGAGCUAAAGCUUGUGCUGAUGUGGGCCUUCUGGAUGAGAACCUGCUCCGCAGAUGUCUGCAGUUCUACAGCACCGUCAUUCAGCUCAUUCUUCGCAUGGUAGACCCUGCCUACCCAAACAUCAACUUGCCCCUGAACCCUGAAAUUCCCAAAACUUUUGCUGCGCUUCCCGAGUUCUACGUUGAAGAUGUGGCAGAGUUUCUUCUUUUUGUUGUGCAGUAUUCUCCACAGGUUUUAUAUGAGCCAUGUGUCCAGGACAUUGUUACCUUCUUGGUGGUGUUCAUCUGCAGCCAAAACUACAUCAGGAACCCCUAUCUUAUCGCCAAGUUGGUGGAAGUGCUGUUUGUUACGAAUCCCGCUGUACAGCCUCGUACUCAGCGAUUCUCCGAAAUGAUGGAGAAUCACCCGUUAUCUAUCAAACACCUUGUCCCUGCCCUCAUGAAGUUCUACACUGACGUUGAGCACACUGGUGCCACCAGUGAGUUCUAUGAUAAGUUCACUAUACGGUACCAUAUCAGCACCAUCUUCAAGAGCCUGUGGCAAAACAUUGCCCACCAUGGCACCUUCAUGGAGGAAUUUAACUCUGGUAAGCAGUUUGUGCGCUACAUUAACAUGCUGAUCAACGACACCACCUUCCUAUUAGAUGAGAGCCUUGAAUCUCUGAAACGUAUUCAUGAAGUUCAAGAAGAGAUGAAGAAUAAGGAACAGUGGGAUCAGCUGCCUAGGGAGCAGCAGCAGAGCCGCCAGUCCCAGCUGACUCAGGAUGAACGGGUGUCCCGCUCCUAUUUGGCCUUGGCCACAGAGACAGUUGAAAUGUUCCACAUUCUUACCAAGCAGGUUCAGAAGCCUUUCCUCAGGCCUGAGCUUGGACCACGUCUAGCUGCCAUGCUAAACUUCAACCUUCAGCAGCUCUGUGGGCCCAAGUGUCGGGACCUGAAGGUGGAGAAUCCUGAGAAAUAUGGAUUUGAGCCCAAAAAGCUUUUAGACCAGCUGACCGACAUCUACCUGCAGCUGGACUGUGCUCGAUUUGCUAAAGCAAUUGCAGAUGAUCAGCGGUCAUAUAGUCGUGAGCUCUUCGAAGAAGUGAUCUCCAAGAUGAGGAAGGCUGGUAUCAAGUCCUCCAUUGCCAUUGAAAAAUUCAAGCUGCUUUCGGAGAAGGUGGAAGAAAUAGUCGCCAAGAACUCACAGUCCGAAAUGGACUAUAGUGAUGCACCUGAUGAGUUUAAAGACCCUCUGAUGGACACGCUGAUGACCGAUCCUGUGAUGCUGCCUUCGGGGAACAUCAUGGACCGAUCAAUCAUCCUGCGCCACUUGCUCAACUCCCCCACGGAUCCCUUCAACAGGCAGCCACUCACAGAGAGCAUGCUGGAGUCAGUCCCUGAACUGAAAGGCAGGAUCCAUGCUUGGAUGAGAGAGAAACAAGGCGGACGACCUGUCUAAGGCCCACGUGCUGACAAGCUAAUGAUUAUUAAGGGAUGUGUCCAAAUCGUCUGAAUUCAGUGUCACUACUACCAACGACAAAAACAAUUUGAAUGGAAGAAAAAUGAGACCUGAUUUGAUUUUUAUACGCAUUUACCCUUUUUGUCUCAAACCAUUAUCAUGGUUCUAAAAAACAACAUAAUAAAGUUAAGACUUUUAAGUUUUUUUUCUCAUGAGUUUGUGUAUAUAUACAGUAUAUAUAUCAAAAUAUAUACAUAUAUUUAACAAGAGUUAGUUCAUUCAUCCUAAUGCUGCAAGGAUACACUUCCACCAAGAACAAGUUUACCAGCAGUUACUUCAUUAGUAAUUUUCCUUUACAUUUUGUUUUGCAACACUGAGUAAUUUGACAUCAAUAAAAUAAUAUUGGGGGGGGGGGGGUUAUAUAGCUUGGUCUGAGUGAGUUUUACUUAUUAACUAACUAUCAAGACUGUGACAAUGAUAAACUUGAGUCCAUGUAUUGUAUGCUGGUGUCUAAGAGUAGACACACUUCAGAUCUGGGGAUAUCUUUGAAGGUUGUAGCUUAAACUAACUGUAAGAGUUAAUUUUAAAUACAGUAGGAGGAUAAACAAUGGUUUACCAAAAUACACCUUAUUCAGUUGUUCCCUUUUAGUCUCCUUUUCCCUGCAGACAUUAAUAGAUUAAAAGUUACUUUUUGUGUGUGCAUGGCCUCAAUUUCAGAUCCUCCUAAGCGCCUCAUAGACAAAUGACCCUCGUCAGGCAAAGCAUACAUUAGAGAAUGUAGCAUGACCACCUGAUACAACAUGUUAGAAGCACACAUUAAGUAUUUUCUUCAGAACCACUGAUUCUUGAGAUGGUCUCUUUCAAAUGACACUGUACCUAACUUGACCUUGCUGACCUUAACUGUACAGGAAAUGAGUUAGUUUAACCACACCUGUUUUGGAAGCUAGGAUUUUGAACUGAAAUAAAUGAUGAUGCACAGUA